CUCGCGCGAGAGAGGAUCGGAAGACAUGAUGUCGACCGACGUAGCACUCAGCAGCGCAUCGAGCCGCACCAUCUGCGAGGAUGUAAAUAAAGCGGCGCUUAGCUGACCAGCUGGCCGAGCGUGAGCACCGUCCGUGCGAGACUUGCAAUAUGCGCGUUGCCGAAUGCACGACGACAAUCCGGCCGUCGAGCAACUACCAAAGAUGAACGUUCCAUUGUAUGGCGUUCUCGGAGCUGCCGUGAUUCUACUUGCUUACAUCCUCGGCAUAGAAACGAUCGCAAAACUCCUCAUAUGCUUGCUUGCAUUAAUUUUAGGGACAUUGAUCUGUAUAUAUCGAACGUAUUCACCGAAUCUCGACAAUGUAAUUAAGUCCGAAAGGGAAGACAUAACUAAGAAGACUGAAAAGUUCCGGCAGUACAUACUAGAGUUGUCAAGGGAGAGGAUGACAUUUACAUUAGAUAGGAGGAUAACUGGUAGUCGUAUCAUUGAUGAAUCCCUGCAAGAAAUUCUAGAUUUUUUAAUCAGAGAUUAUGUGGAGCCAUGGUACAGUGUUGUUACAGAUGAUGAGGAAUUUAUCUAUUCUGUUCGAGAUACUGCCCAGAAAAUCGCCAUCAAUGUCGCAAACCGGGUCAAGAGCGUCGAUUGGAUACCCUACUUGACCACGCGACUCGUUGACGAUGCAGCUUCGCAUGUCAGGCUGUAUCGACAAGCAAGCGCGAGGAUGAAGCAAUUACGAUCGAACAGGAUUCAAAAGGAUAGCGCUAGUUCGAGCACAUCGGGUGGGACGCCAAAGAAGACACCGACUCAUCGCCGGAACAAGAGUGAAACUGACGUGUCCUGGUACUCGCAGUCGAAAUUUUAUAUACCCAACUUAUCAUCGCUUACCGAACCGAUCGAAUCGUCCGGCGAAGAGAAAGAGGAUGAAUCGUUGGAGAAGAUAUUCUUUGAUCUCGAGGUGCAGAUGGAGAAUAAUCUCAUAUGCAGGGAUCUAGUAUGCACGAACGACACUCAGGAAUUAGAUUUUUUGAGCGAGAUAGCCGAGAUCUUAUUGUACCUGGUGCUACCCAAGGCGGACUUUGAUUGUUUGACUGUAAGAUUUAUUUUAAGGGAGCUGUUAGUGAACGUUAUAAUCAGACCGUUGUUGGAUCUGUUUUCCGAUCCUGAUUACAUUAAUCAGGCAUGUAUAUGGCUGUGUACCAAGGAGGGUAGUUUACCAAGUGAUAUCUUUUUAACAGUAAUUAGAAUAACAGACAAUUUAGACGAAUUAAUUGCGACAAAGAAUAUAGUUUGUAAAGAAAUAGCACACUUACGUUCAAAGGAUUCCGGCGGAGAUGACGAUUUGUCAGUAAAGCAGCAAUUGAAUAGUCUGCUUUACGUGAAAAAAAUCCUAGAAACGAGGAUCAUUGGUAUGCAAGAGGGCUUGGAAACGGAAACGGAUGGAAUCGGCGCUCAACCGGAAUGGAAUAGAUUGCUUAUACCGGGCCAAAAACUAGUUAACUUGCCAUUAGACGAGUUGCUGAAGAAUAAUAUUGCCCUCAGUUACUUCAUCGAUUAUAUGACCUCCAUAAAUGCGGAAGCGUACCUGUUCUUUUACCUGAAUAUCUACGGUUGGAGAGUCUCGGCCGAGCAACAAAUAUCGGAUAUAGAACUACAAAAAAUCCAAAAUGCUCAAUCUGGCGGUCCAGGUAUGAUUGGCACUAGGCGCAAGAACGCAGAUCUAGAUAAUCUGAAGGAAGCGGCGACGAAAAUUUACCAGCAAUAUCUUAGCGACAAAGCAUCGCCUAAAUUACAAUUGGACGACAUGCUAGUGAAGAGUUUAUUGACCAAGACGAAGACAGAGUCAGUCAAAGAAACGUGGUUCGACGAGCUGCGAAACUGCUGUUACGAAAAACUGCAAAAUGAAGAUAGAUUCCUACCGGGCUUUAAAAGAUCGCUAGCUUACGUCAAAUUACUCGCCGAACUGGAUCUAUUAAAAGAUCCAGUUUCCGAAGAUGAUGCAAAAUCGCUGGACAGCAUAAGUUUGUCCAGUACAAACAACGAAUUGGACACCCUGGAAGAAUUGUCCGAGACAUACGAUGCGAAACCUGUUUCGACCGCGAAGGAAGGUACUAAAAAAUCGAAUUCUUCGACAAGCUUAACAAGUAUAGGAGAGGCGAAUGAAGGUAGAGCAUCUGACGAGUUUGAUGACACGGACUCGAGCAAUCUUAAGGGCGGGAAAAAUGUCCAUAAAGAAUCCAUUACAGAAAUGGAGCAGGUCGGCGAGAAGAAAGAUGUUCCAUUUUACAUGGAAACAAACGCGGAACAAUUCGUUAAGUUAGACGAGAACAACUACGACCAAAAUGCAAUCAAAAAACUGCAGCAGGGCCGUUUCGAGAUCACUGCCACGAUAAUAGAAACUGGUAUCGUCAACGAUCGCGGGAAAACAUACGGUAUAUACGCUGUAGCGGUCACGAAAAAUUAUGAUUCGGGCUAUAAAGAGAAAUGGCACAUCUACAGACGAUACUCCGACUUUUAUGAUCUACAUCAGAAAAUCAAGGAGAAGUAUUAUGAUUUGGCCAAAAUACCUUUCCCCGCGAAAAAAGCUUUUCACAAUAUGGAACGUACCGUAUUGGAAAGACGAAUGUUGAUGUUGAAUGCUUGGUUGUGUCAACUAACAAAACCUGCAAUUGUUGAUGGUCAUAUGGGAUUGCAGAAUUUAUUGUUAGCUUUCUUGGAACAAGGAGAUUAUGACAAAGGAGUUACUGGUGGACAAAUAUCCAGAACGAUAGAUACUUUAAUGAAUCCUUUGAAGACAUCCAUGAAAAGCGUUACACAGGCAGUCAAAACGAUGCCGGAUAACAUGUUGAGUACGGUAGACGGCGUCAUGGACAAUCUCAGCAAAAUUUUUGGCAAUCCCAAGAAGACUAGUAUAUUUUACGAAAACACCAAAGUUGGCGCCAGUCUUGAUACAGAGACUGACGAUAACAUACCCUUACGAAUUAUGUUACUAUUAAUGGACGAGAUUUUUGAUCUAAAAGUGCGAAAUCAAUGGCUAAGGCGGCGCAUCAUAACAUUGCUACGCCAAAUCAUUCGCACAAUGUUUGGGGACAUAGUUAACAGGAGAAUAGUGGAGUACGUAUCAUUUUUGACGAGCCCAUCGAAAGUUGCAGGAUAUUUGCGCUUGUUCAAAAAUAGCUUCUGGCCGAACGGCGUAAAAGCCGAGAAUAAACCACCGCGAGAUACAGAAAUAAAGAACAGAACGCGAGUGGCAGCUAAGGUAGCUUUGCUUUCGUGUCUUUCGGAUGAACUGAAACAUAUCAUAGGUAGCGAGACGACGAGGCGCGGAUUGUUGAGAGUGUUCGAGCUGUUUCAGCGGCCCGUAUUAAACAGAAGACUGUUAUACGUGUUGCUGGAAGGUAUCGCGGAGACCCUGUUCCCGCAAAACAAUCUUGUGACAGUUUUCAGGAAACUAUAUUCGGUGUCGCCGAGAAUAAGGAGUAAAAGCAAAACGAGAUCUUGAUGGAAGAGCAGGACGGACUAAUGUUCGGAUGCACUAGUGCGAAUAUGACUGAACAGUCAUACUAACUCGUGAAGUUAAGAAUCUCGACUUUAUCGAUCUUGAAUAAAGAUAAUCAGUUCUUUCAGGUAGCUUAAAAAUUUACAAUAUUAAGAAAAUACUCUCGUGCAAAGUGUCCAAUAUAAAAGAAACAUAUUUAAAAUAUUUGUAUCUAUCACUCAUUGAGCUCUUAUUCGAGUAUACUUGUAUCUUUAAUUUUUCUUUUUCUUUUUAUCUGUACAUGACGAAAUAUUUAAAAAUAGAUAAAGAAUGUUAUUUCUUUGAAAAACGCGAACAAACACGUGAGUAUCGCGAUUACAAUUAAGUAUCCUCGCUUAUUUCUUAGAGAAAAAUUUACUUGUUUGUCUUUUAUGUUAUAGGCUCUAGCGAUGUGUGAGGAUAUUAAUUGUAACAUGUACUUAAUAUAUCUAUGUAUAUGUGAGAGAGUUUAUAGUCGUUUAUAGAAUUUAUAGAAUUUAUAGAUUGUAUCCAUAAUGUCCUACUUUUUAUAAUUUUUCACUUGGUCACUUUAUUUCUAAAAUACUGAAUGCAAACUCUUGUUGACGAACACAGAUUUUCUGAUAUUCUAUAAAUUAUUUGCGUUAUGAUUAAGUAUAAAUAAGCAAUAUUUUAAUGAUUAAGCUAGCAGUAGUUUAUUCGAGCUCAAUGGGUUAAUGAGACAUCAAUCGUUACGCUUAUUGAGAUAUUACUGGAUGUCGUUUUCUCUUCAAACAAUCCUCUGAAUUACAAUGCAAAGUGCAUAUUGUACGCUAUUGUAACGGACCCGUCGCGCCUACAGCUUCCGACAGGGAACAAAACGAAAGUUAUACGCUUUCAUAUCUUGACGAUUUAUACGUUCAACGAUGCACACAUCGGAAAAGUUCCAUUCUAUUAAACCUUUUGUUAAUUAUAUAUAAUUGAUGCCAGCAAAAUUCCAAUAGAAUAAUGUAUUAGGAAUAUUCUAAAAUUAUUGAAGGAAAAACAAAAUAAAA